GUCAAGUGGAGAACAUUAUCAUCUUCUGAGAUAAGCCGGUAGCAACAUCGGAGGGCCAGAUAAUAGGACGAUAAGGCAGCUGUCUCAUUACUUGUGCACAAAAUUAGUCUGGAAGCCAACUUUGUUGAAACGACUUUCUUCCGGUCUGAUAUCUCCUUCCGCCUACUCUUUCUACGGUGCUUCACACAGCACCGAACCGGAGGAUGAUAUUUUUUUCCAUCCCUUCUGUUUCUCGGACGCUUGAGAUUAGCGCCCGCCCUGGUCAAUGCUACAGGAUUUCCUCCUGGUGGAACAUAUUGAGUCGUCAUGUCCCGAGUCGGUGUCAAACAUUCCAACUGCAACCAGAUCAGCGGUUGUCAGGUCAGCGUCCUCCGAGAAUGUUCUCGUUGGAGUUACAAUGAAGUAGAACGCGCGGAGCAUUACUUCGAUUUGGCUCCGCAGAGCUACCGGCCCGACUAUGUCCCUGGUGACGGUACCGUAGUACCCCAGUCCGGUCAGAUUCUCGGCCAGAUAUAUCAUGAUUUUCUCCCCAACUUUCGGUCAUCGCCGUGGAACGCAGCACUUCUGCAGACUUGUGCUUCGUCGGGUUCAAGAAUAUCACCACCAAUUCCUCCUAUUCUAGAUGAGGAGAUGCUCAACCGUUCUUAUCUUGAGGAGAUAUCGACAUUCUCAACUAAAGGUAAUACUGUAUUUGAGUCGCGUUGGGGACUCUGCUACAGGAACGCCCUAUCCGAGCGGACCGGGCUCCAUCUGGACAUCGCCUUGGAUGGCAAUCACUGGCAGGUAAUAAGUGAAACCCGACAGACCUUUGGAUAUACCGCUGCUCAACUCAUAUGUGCGCGGGACCAACGUAAGUUACCGCUGUCAGCUCAGUACCAAACUCACUUUCUUGAUCUAAAUUUGGAUUCGAUCGAUGAGAUUCAUCUUUGCAAGGCCACUACGACCGUUUCUAUUCUGGCGCUCAGUCACAUCAAUCGCAUUGAAUUCAUCACCGCGGUCUUCCAAUGCAAAUUUACCCGUAUACAAUCCACCGAGCCUGCCCCAAAACUUUACAUCUGUCCCGAGAAAUGA